AUUUUUAUAGUCCGUAAUGCUCUCGGAACAAUCUCGCAGUGCGCCGCGAUCGGCAAUGCAAAUCGAGUGCAUAUAUCGGAAUUCCGUGGAUCGCGCUACAAGGUGAAGAUAACGAGGGAAAGCCAAAGGAGACAAAGAGGUAAAGGCGUCACAGUGAAUCGUAUUAACGAAGGGGGAAACAAAAUCCGCGGCGAGUUGAGACAAAUUAGAAAAGGAAAAGGGAACCAUAUUAGAGAAGUAUAAGAUCGCCGCCCGCGGUUUUUAUCUGACCAGUAAAGUGAGCGGAUCGAAUUGUUCACGAGAUCGUUUGGGACCGUUUAAAAUUGCGAUGACAAAAGAAUUCUACGAACAAUUCACAUUUAUAUAUAAAUGAGUAAAUAAGUAUAAGACUUGCUUAGUAACGAUUUACGAACCAAGAAUGAUAACGAAAAUAAUAUAAGCGAUGCUUUUCAACGAUCGUCCCAGUAAUCGCGCUUUCUUAUCAUCGAGGUGCGGCAAGCGGUCGCGUGCUGGGCAGAUUUAUCCGUUCAAUUCCGGUGUCUUGGCGAUUUGAAACAAAGCUUAGAGUAUUACUGACUCUCUGUCGUAAGAGACAAAUAAGCAACAUCCGGCCGAUCUCCGCGAGAUAAGGACAUCAACGGGGGCAGGAAAGGAAAAAAAAUGGCAGGCAAGAAAAUUGUGUCAGACGAGCGAUUGUACGAUUAUUUGCGUACGUACGCAAAAACAAUCAAGAUGCCGGUCCCGAAAAUUCGCAUAACUGAGGCCACCAAUAAAGGCGAUAAUUACGUGAGCGUCGUUUAUCGCGCGACGAUCGAGGGCAUCCAGGGUGGCGAGGUCAAGAAAAUUCAACUUAUUCUGAAAACCACAUCACAGACAUAUGACUCGAAUGAGUUUUUGAAUAGCAACAGAGUCACCAAAUUAUUUCAGCGCGAGAUAUUCUUUUAUCGAGAGGUGCUGCCUAUUUUCAAACAGACUUUCUGGGAGCACGGCGGGACUAUCGAUCGCUUCCCUAUUUUACACGACGUUAACGACGAAUCCGGAAAAGAGAUACUGUUGUUAGAAAAUCUAACGCCUCAAGGUUUCGUGAUGGCCAAGUCAAAAAUUAUGGAUUAUCCGCAUCUCAGCUUGGCGAUGCGAUGCUUAGGUGAAUUUCACGCGUACAGCUUCAUUACGCGUGCCGCAAAUCCAGCGAGUUUCGAGAAAUUACAGCGGAUAGAGGAACCCUUGUUUAACGAACAAUCAGAUAGGAAUGAAAACGAUGAGAGUAUGAUGAAAACGGUCAUCGAAACCAUAUUCAAGAUUUUAGCAAACGAAGACAAACAUUAUUCCGAAAGGUAUCAACAGUUCUUAGAAAAUAUGCAGCAAUGCAUGAUAGAUGCAACCGAUGGAAAAGCCGCUGAACCCUAUGCCGUUGUGAACCAUGGUGACUAUUGGACUAACAACAUGCUCUUCAAAUACGACAAAGAGGGAAAUCCGUGCGACUUGCGUUUCUUAGAUCUACAGAUAUGUCGUUACGCAUCUCCCGUUUUAGAUUUAGUUUAUUUACUCUUCUGCUGCUGCACGCAAGAAACAAGGAGAAAACAUUUUGAUCAGGUAAUACACGAAUAUUACGAAACACUAUCCAAGUGUAUCGAAAAAGCCGGUUAUGAUCCCAAUAUCCUCUUCCCUUACGAAGUAUUGUCCCAACAUUUUACCAAAUUCGGAAAAUUCGCGGCGAUGAUGGCUACUUUCGUUUUACAUAUAUUUACCAGUAAUGAUGUAGAAAUGAAUAGUACAUAUUUGAAUGAUAUACUCAGAGAAAGAGGAGAAAAUGACAGUUUUUAUAGAAGUAUGGUAAUAGGUACUUUUAAAGAUCUCGUCGACAGAAAUUAUAUAUAAAUUAAUACUUUCAUAAUAAUAUUGAUAUAUCACGAAUAGACAAGCCAAAGACAAAGGAAAAAGUUGUCUUGUAGUUAAAAGUAAAAUGUUAUGUCAAACUUUAGAAAUCAGUAUAGCUGUAGUGCGAGUACAAAUCUUAAUCGGGUUAAAGGAAUUUUAAUAGCAAUGACUUAUUUACAUAAAUAUAACUUAUAAAAAUUGUAAAACUUGU